AUUAUCUUCUUUUCAUUUCUGACAUAUUUUCCAUGAGAAAUCAUAUCAUAUGACUGAUAAAAUAAGCACACCAGCUGCUUAAGACUAUGUCAAAAGCCCACCAUGACAGCUACAUGCCCUGUUCUCUUUGUAACCAGCUUAAUAAUUACACUACAUGCAUAAUCUUUUUUCUGUACUUUUAUUUAUCCAAAAAAAUAGACAUUGCAUACUGUGAUUAUUUUUCAUCAAACCUAUGUUUUAAAAUCCACCAUACCAUUUUUCCCUCUAUGUUUUCCUUGGAUCAAAGUGAAUUUUUGCCUUUUUAAUUCAACUAUUGUAGAACAAGUGCAUCUUGGUUCUUCUUCUUACUGAUUCUUCAAUACUUUGCUGGGACUUUGUUUUGAGCAUUUCAAGGAUGAUAUCAUUUGUGAAUAGUGAAAGCAAAGAGCAUUCAGAAUUCUCUGUUGCACUUAAGGUGUAAUUACCAACUCAGUUUGUGCAACUUCUUUGGAACUGCGUAGUGCUGUGUCGUUGGAUAUGGAUAUUGAUGUAGAUCAUUAUGGUGUUCUUGGGCUGCUCUCAGGUGAGGAAGGUGCCAAGCUUAGCGUGGAUGAAAUUAAGAAGGCAUACAGAUCAAAGGCUUUGGAAUUGCACCCGGAUAAGAGGCCAGGCGACAAGCAAGCCCUUGCAAAUUUUCAAAGGCUCCAGUCAUCCUACGAGAUUCUCAAGGAUGAAAAGGCCAGGAAACUGUUCGAUGAUCUUCUUCGGGUUAAGCGUGAGCAACAACAUCGACGGUCAGAGCAGGAAUCCAAGCGUGAUGCAAAGAGACAGAAGAUGUUUUCUGACCUUGAGGAAAGGGAGCGGGCAGCUUUUGCUCCUGACCCUUCUACAAAAGAGCGAGAAGAAGAGGAGAGAAUUGCUAAGAAGUUGAGAGAAGAGAUUGCAAGAAUACGAGCAAUGCAUGCAAGUAAGGGGGAAAAUAUGACAUCGGCUACAAGUAGAGAGUUCCCAGGCGUGAGGAAGGAGAGUACAGGUACUGCUAGGCCUGGGGUGGAUAAGGAGAAGGUUCUUAAAGUUUCAUGGGAGAAGAUAGGUGAAGAUUACACAGCAGAGGGGUUGAGAGAGUUGUUUUCGAAGUUUGGUGAGGUGGAAGAUGUCGUCAUUAAGAGUGCUAAGAAAAAAGGUUCAGCACUUGUUGUAAUGGAGAAUAAAGAUGCGGCGGUUGCUGCUACGGGAAGUGUGUCUGGUCAUCUUUCUAAUCCAUUGCUGGUUUUACCUCUUCAACCACCAAUGGUGACAGAGGCUCCAAGUGCAUCAAGAUCUGCAGAACCUGAUAAGCUGAGUAAUUUGGUUGGGGCUGGCUAUAUAGCAUUUGAAGAUGCCGUUUUAAUGAAACUCCAAAAGGCUGCAGAAAAGAGGAAAUGACAUGCAGGACAUUAAAGAAAGUUCUUGUGGCACAUGAGGGAAUGCAUCUUGCAAAUUGAUCUUGUUGCGGUGCUGCCAGUGAUUGAAGUACCGAGGCAAGCAUCUCGAAGAUGGCAUAGACUCGUGCCAUCAAUCGACUAUCAAACAAUAAGUUGUUCCACAUUUCAAUAUCCAGAAACCAUUCCCAAUUAUCCUGAAACAGUUGUCAGCCCCAGAAACAACAGCAGGCCAGCUUGUCACAUGUAUUACCAGUUCCUAAGUUAUUGAGUACAAAUCCAAACAUUUUUACCGAUGGAAUUUGCCAUUCUAAUCUAGUGUUCGAUAUUGGAAAUUCAGUAUCGGAAAGGGUGUUUGCUGUGGUGAUUAAGCAGAGUUGUUCACUGUUGAAUUUGGGAUGGACAGUAUGGUUUCUUCCGUGUAUUCUCUUCAAUGUACUCACAUUGACUUUCGAGUGGUAUGAAUUGUCAUACGCACGCACGCACGCAUUUUGGUCUGGACCUUGUUUUCUUUUCUUUUAUUUCUUUUCCCAACUUUUGUCGGCUGCCUUGAUUCUGUGGCAAGUUUCACUGGGGCCAGCUAUUUUGCUUUAGCUGCUGCUUUAAUACGUGACCGUGUCCUAAUUGUGGCGUGGUUGGUAUUCUGUGUCAUCAUUUAUGUGCACAUUUUAAUUUUUAAUGCCUUUCAAGUCGUCUUCCCA